GAGCUGGGGAAAACGUGGGAGGAGGUUCAGAGCGAAGACGACCGUGAGAUGGUGGAUGAUGGAGACGAUGAUUGGUCAGACUGGCAGUCUCAUCCCGUCUCAGCUGUUUGUCUCUUCUGCGAUCAUCAGUCAGAAACUAUGGAGCAGAUCUACACACACAUGAAGGAGGCUCAUGGCUUUGAUCUCCACAAGCUGAGGACGGAGCUCAGUCUGCGUUUCUACGACCAGGUGAAGCUGGUGAACUUCCUCCGCCGUCAGCUCCAUCAGAGCCGCUGCUACGGCUGCCAGGAAACGUUCAGCUGCAGACAGGAAGUCCUUUGUCACCUGAAGGAGGCGGGACAUGUGAUGCAGCUUCCUCACAAGUCCACCUGGAACCAGCCUCAGUAUUACUUCCCCACGUAUGAGAACGACGCCCUCCUCUGCACGCUGUCUGACGGCGAUGAAGACGAACGUAACGUCAGCGAAGAUGUCCCGGUGAUCUCAGAGGACGUUUCCAACCUUCGAGCUUUGAAACAGAACUCCGUCCUCAAAUCGCUGCUGAAGAGCCGAGGGUCCUGCAGGUAGAAGACGUCCUGUUCCUGGACGACUCUUCCUCCUCCUCAUCCUCUGUUAACACCAAACUCUGUAAAAAAUAAUAAUUAAAGCCAUUCUGCAUCCCUGAA